AUGCGCACUCAAAUUUUUGCUGCUGCCGCAUUACUUGCGAGCAGCGCUGCGGCCACCAACACAUGGACGCGCAUCGACACUUCUCCUGCUGAUAGCUUCCGCUUUCUGAGAGCCCGCCAAGGUGGAGAAUCAUUUAAGCCAGACCAAACCAAUGGUUCUGGCGAAACCUGCGAAGAUGCUUUCGGCGCUGGCUACAUCCAAUGUGGAACAACAGGCAAAAUUCCUGCCCAAGCGGUUCUGGCUGCCUCACUAAUGGCUACUGCUGCCCAGAUGUAUGACCUUGGGCCCAAAGCUUGUCUUGAGAAAUUAGGCAUGAGCAACCUGCCCCCUUUUCUUCCAUCCGCCACUGCCAUGCCAUCUGCGUCUACCCCCGCCAACACCCCGUCAGAGACGCCGUCAGAGACGCCGUCUGAGCCUCCUGCGGACAAGACCCCAUCCGAGUAUCCCACAUCACCUUCGGCUACUCCCUCUGCGGCUCCCACUGCCGCUACUAUAACCCCGAUCUACCCAACUGCCUCCCCAUCUCGAUCUGUCUGCACCGCAGCUAACACCGCAUCUAACAACAAAAUUUAUCCAACGGGCACUCUCCCAAGUCAACCUCCAUCGGAGAGUCCACCGGUGUACGGUAAUGGGGCCAUCUCAGCGGAGGUCGCCACUGGCGCCGUUGCUGUUCUCGGAUUCCUCAGCUUCAUUCAAAAUCUGUUGUAA